UUUCUCGCGUAGUACUCGUCACAUGUGUUUUGAAAGCGCGACCUGCACUGUACAUUCCAUUAUCCAUUGAAUUCAUAUUACUUACGUUUGAAGAAUUAUGUCGUUUGUGGACGAUGAAGUGUCGGACUGUGCGGUGGAAUCGCGCUCACGAUUGGAAAGCUAUGUGUUCAGUUGUCAGCUGUCCUCUGAAGUUCCAUUUUACACAUUUCAGGCAGAUGAAGAUGAUGAUGUGGAACAUUUUCUCGAGCUGAGAACGAUAUGUCUGGGUGAUGGUGCCAAAGAGGAGAAUAACGUGGUGGAGGUGACCGCUAUGAAUCACCAAGGAAAGAAAAUAUCAGUGCCUCUAGCAAAUCUUCACAUUUCCUGUUUGCCCAUGAUAAGCCUAGGGGAGUUUGAGUUGAUUGCUCCUGUCACACUACGCCUGAAAUCUGGAUCUGGACCAGUGACUGUCAGUGGGCUACAUUUAGUUGCCACAGAGAAAGAAGAGUCUGAAAUGUCAGAUCAGGAUGAUGAGGAGGAGGAGGAGGAGGAGGAUGAUGAUGAUAGCGAAGAGGAAAUGCCCUUGGUCAAACCAGCAAAGAAAAAGCAGAAGCUUUAAACUUAUAGUAACUCAAUUUGUACGUUUUAUACAAUUUUAGAUUUAAUGUUCUUCUAUGACAUUGAUGAAGGGUGGCCAUAUUGUCCGUUUAUGUUCAUUCAGAUGUUAAAUAGCUAGAAAAGGGUUAAAGCCUCCACGAAGUCAGCUCCAUGAACAUUUGACUUUAGCGAUGCCUCACGUUUGAAACAUUUUUGUUAAUUAUUAUUGUUACUCAUGUGUACAAGUUUUAAAACACUCUGCUUUAACUGAUUGGUGGUUGCAGUGUCGAAGGAUCUGGGCUGCUAACAGCAAGCUUUCAGUCCCAGUUAGGUGUGACCCGGGGAUUGAAAGCACAGUCCUGUCCAAUCACUGAGCCAUGUGACCUCCAGAUGUACUAUCCCUGCUAUUACCUUCCCUUAUUAGAUGCUAUUGAAAUGAACAGCGGUGACGGUGUACAGUAAAACGUCUUGAUUUCAGCCUGCAUCUGCAUUUGGGGAAAGCACCAGCAUUGUUCUCCACUGUUUUUCUUUUUAAUGCACAGUAUGUGACUUUUCUACUUAAUUUGUAAGGCAAUCCUUGUCUGUUUUUGAAGCACUGACAAAAUCAGUGUUUUUGAUGGGGUGUUUGUUUUGAUCAGUUGUAAAGGACUCCCAUGGUUGCCAUUUUUGUAUUUUUACAGAUUUAAUUACGGAUUCUGUAAAUAAAAUGUGUUGUUUUAGUAGAAUCAAUUCCUGUUUAUACUGUUUUAAUAAACAAGCUCAUUUAUAAAGGUGUUGGUCAA